ACAAGCACGGUGGGCCUCAGUGAACUGCGCUGCAACUCCAUUAUACCACAGGAACCUGUGCUCUUUUCCGAGCGUCUACGUUACAAUCUGGAUCCGUUUAAUCAGUACGAUGACUUGAAGCUAAACAAUCGCUUGCUCGUUCUCGAUGAAGCCACAGCCAAUAUUGAUUCGCACACGGAUGCUUUAAUUCAGGAUACAAUAAGGAGCAGUUUUAAAGAAUGCACCGUUAUCACGAUUGCACAUCGUUUGAAUACGAUUAUAGAUAGGAUCAUCGUGAUGGAGAAUGGUUCUAUCGUG